UCACAAGUAAGCACGUGAAAUAUGAAAUCUACACAAUAUUGUUAAAAAUUUGUGAGUAGAAAUUACAGAAGGUUAAAAUUAUUUAAAUAUAAAAUGAGAUUCUUUUUAUUGCUGUGUUUAAUCACUUAUAUUCAAAAAUCAAACACAAAUGAGAAUAAUGUAAACAUUAAAAUUCAACAAGGGGAACUGGCCGGAAAAAUAGAGAGAACACUAUUUAAAAAUGUGGAGUACUAUUCAUUUAGAGGUAUACCUUACGCGUUACCACCAACAGAAGAAUUAAGAUUUAAGGCACCGGUUAAACAUAACAAAUGGGACGGAAUCUAUGAAGCUUUUAUUGAGAAGCCAACUUGCUUGCAAUUCAGUUCUCGCCAAAGAAAUGGAGAAUCUUUUGGCAUAUCAGGAUCGGAAGAUUGUCUUUACCUUAACGUGUUUACACCUAACCUCAAAGGAUCUCCUGCUCCUGUAGUGGUAUUCGAUUACAAUGACAAUUUCAAAACUGGAUUUAAUGGAUCACAAACAUACGCUCCAGACUUUUUUAUUGAAGAAGAUGUAAUAGUUGUAACAAUUAAUCAUCGUCUUGGAUUAUUUGGAUAUUUAACAACAGAUGACGACAUUAUUCCCGGUAACAAUGGAUUACGCGAUUUUAUUUUAGGACUAAAUUGGAUUAAAGAAAAUAUCAAACAAUUCGGAGGAGAUCCGGAUAGGGUAACACUAAUGGGCAACAGAGGCGGAGCUGUACUAAUUGAUACGCUUUUGUAUUCUGCCAAAGCAAAAAAUCUAUUCAGCGCCGCAAUCUUACAAAGCGGGACUUCUGUUGAGCCGUUUUUGUUUUAUGACAAACCAAGAGAAGCGGCUUUUGAGUUAGGUGAAUUAUGCGAUAUUAAUGCAACAGACAGUGCUACUUUAUUGGAGGGAUUGCAGAAAAUUGAUGCAGAAAUUUUAAUUACAAAGGAUGUCAGCGUCUCAGAUACAACCUUCGACUUAGCUCAACUGGUUAUUCAACCUUUCAGUCCGAUUGUGGAGAAGAAUCCAGAUGCUGUGUUAACAUUUUUACCUGAGAGUGGAUUAGUCGUCAACGACGUCCCGAUUAUAAUCGGAAUGAACUCUAGGGAAGGUCUAGAUUUGGCAUCACCCUAUAUAUUUGAACCGCGACUACUUACAGACUACAGUCAAGAUUUCUUCGUACAUCUACCAAAGAGAACCGGAUUUCAAUUCGAUCGAAACAGUACAGUUUUUCAAGAAGCGGUAAAAGAAAUUCAAAACUUUUACUUCGAAGAAGGUUACUUAUAUUAUAACAAUAUCCUCGAGUACGCAGUUUACGUUGGGGAUGUUCUUCAAAACUACGCUUUGAAUCUUGCAGCAGAAAAGUUAAGUACAGACCUCAAAUCUUCGGUCUAUUACUAUGUUUUCGAUUUCAGAGGAUCUUUAAAUGAAAACAUUGAAUACAUGUACCGACGAGUUAGAUUUCCUAUAGAAAAUUGGGGAGCCACAAUAACUGACGAGUUGUGCUAUCUACAUCUUUGUACGAGAAUUAAAAAAAAUUACAUCAAACUUCGUAAAUUGCUAAGCGAACAGCCUGAUAUGAAAGUGUUAAAAAAUAUGGUGCGCUUGUGGACAAAUUUUGCAAAACAUCGGAACCCAACACCCGAUCUGAGUGAUGAUUUACUCAAGGAUUUCACAUGGCAGCCACAUAAUAAAGAGAAAAACAACUAUCUUCAUAUCAACAAAAAACUUCGCAUGAAACAAAAUCCUAUGGGUGAACGCGUUAAGUUUUGGGACGACUUUAUUGCCAAGUAUUCCGCAUUAGCUGAAGAUGGUGUUGUAAAAGAUAAAAACCACGAUGAAUUAUAAAUAAAUCAGUUAAAUCGAUUUUAUGUUUCAAAUGCUUAUAUACUAAGAUUUCUAACAUAGACUACAAAAAGUAAUCUUCAUAAAGCUUAAUCAAUUUCAUAAAUAAAUUGCGUUUUUGUUGCUAUAGGCCAUAUAUCCCUUUUU